UAGGCCUGUUCGACUGGUCGUCCUGUCAUGACUGCAUGGAGGUCGGCGCACCGUCGGUGAAGAGAAUGAACUUGGGUGUCGGUGGUGUGAGGAACGGAGAAGAGCUUGCGCCGAUGGACCCCGUGACCAUCCUCGAAGAUACCCCGAACCUCCCAGCCGGCACGGUACAGCACUUGGUGUUUCGGAGGGGGGACGAUCCCCCCUUCCACUCCCCGCAUCUCAAGCCGGCGCAAUAUGUCGGAAAGUUGAAAGGAAUGCGGCAGAUUUUGUGGGAGAGGGGGCUCCUGGUCAAAGGCAUGAGUAAGACGGGGGGCUCGGGCGAAAAGCAGGACCUCAGCAAGAGCAUGGAGCACGUUUUGGGAGAGCAGAAGGACUUCAAGGAAGUUGAUUCUAGUCUGGUGCUGUUGAUGCAGCGCCACGGGGGGGCCUGUCUCAUACUUCCUAAGUACCACUGCGAGUGUAACCCCAUCGAGCUUGUUUGGGGCCGAGCGAAGGACUGGACUCGAAAGAACUGCAAAUAUUCGUUGGAAUGCUUGCGCGAGAACGUGCCGCUGAGUUUUAGACCAGAGAAGGAUAGACAGGCUGUUUCGGUAGUCCAGGGCUACUGCAAGAAGGCGUACACACACGCCCUCAUGUACCGCGAGACGCGUGUGCAAGGGCCUGAGGGCAAGAAGACGUACAAGAAGUACAAGUCGCACAGGCGCCAGACCCCGAAGGAAUGGAGGCCGUAGAGUCGAUGGCGCAUUCUUGUUCAUUGAGCUGUAUUUGUUCAGUUUUUUUCCGUGUUUCUGGUGGGAAUGUUGUACAAAAAUGGAACAUUUUUGUUGAAAACGGCCAAUAUUUGUGAUGUAUGUACGCUAUAGGUGCGGUAGAGGCAUUUGCAUAGUGUUUGAGGGCGUUCCUGUGCGCGUGUGAGUGGUUGGUGCGAAAAAAAAAAAAGAUUAGCAACAUAUAUGGGGGAAAAGUUGCUCUAGCGCCAAUUUCGUGGGUUCGAGACCCGCCGCGAGCAUCUUUUUUCAUUUUUUUCUCUUUUU